GUAUGUAUACAGGCACAAUCUCAGUAAUUUAUGGUCCAAUGGUAUGAUUAUUAAUAUAUGUCAGUUUUCUGGUAAAACUAGUGAACUUAUGAGAUUGGUCAAGAGAUUUACUAUUUCUGAGAGAAAAUGUGUAGUUUUGAAUUAUGCAAAUGAUAAUAGAUAUUCAGAGGAAUAGUGUAUUUCAAGUCAUGAUAAGUAUAUAUUGUUCAUUUAAAAAUGAAGACAAUAUUUGAAAGCCAUUAAAGUAUGCAAAUUAAAUGAGGCUUAUGAGAAAUGCAAAGAGAGUGAUGUAGUGGCUAUUGAUGAAGGUUAAUUCUUUUCAGAUGUAAAUAUAAUUGCAUUAUGUAUAGAUUGUAGAAUUUAGUGAGAAGAUGGCUAAUUUAGGAAAGAUUGUAAUAGUUGCAGCUCUUGAUGGAACCUUUGACAGAAAACCUUUUCAUAACAUCUUAAAUUUGAUUCCUUUAGCUGAACGAAUAACAAAACUAACAGCUGUGUGUUGGUUCUGUAAAAGAGAAAAUGCCUCUUUUACUAAAAGAAUAGUAUAAUCAUAAGAGAGUAAUUAAAAUAAAUAAAAUUUUAGUUGAGUUAAUUGGUGGUGAGGAUUGUUAUAAACCUGCAUGUAGAGUAUGUUUCCAUCUUGCAUAAACUCAAUCAAAAACAUAAUCCAUAUUAUAUGUUAAUUAAGAGAAUCAUUUUGAGUAAAAAAAUUUGAUUUGCUGAG